AACGGUUGCGGUACUUGAAAGGUAACUCUACUGCUCCCUCUUCAAUCUUCAUCCCAAUUUCAUUGCCACUUUUCUUCUUCUUCUUUUCCGAUUUGGACUUUUCUCUCGUCCGCUUCUGCGCCUUCAAUGCACUGACGAUCAAUCAAACUCACCAAAAGCCUACAUGUGUGAUUCGUAAGUCUUCUUUUUCUUCACUGAUUUUUCUCCAAUUUCGCAUUUCUCCGGCCCUUUUUGCUGUUCAAGAGAGACAGAAGGAGAUGGGGAGGCUGUUUGUGGUGAAUCUCGAGGGCAAAGUCUAUAGCUGCAAGCACUGUGGAACUCAUCUUGCUGUUUCUGAGGAUAUACUCUCCAAGGCUUUUCAGUGCAGACAUGGGAAGGCUUACCUCUUCAAUAAGGUAGUGAAUGUUACAUCUGGGAAGAACGAAGAUAGAAUGAUGACGACUGGCUUGCACACUGUUGCAGACAUUUUCUGUGUCCGUUGUGGGUCAAUCGUUGGCUGGAAAUAUGAAACUGCUUAUGAGAAGGAUCAGAAGUACAAAGAAGGGAGAUCAGUCCUUGAGAGGUUUAAGAUUUCCGGUCCGGAUGGAAACAACUACUGGAUCAACCAUGAAGCGCGCGUCGCAGGAAGCGAUGCAGAUGAUGUUUAAUCACCAUUUCGGAUCCAAUUUCAUAACCACAUGUACAUUCUCCAAUCUCCCCCAUUGUUCUUGUUGAACUUUUGGAUUCUGAAACUGAUAAAUUUAGUCAUUUGACACCUUCUAUAGCUUGCUAAGUAUCAUGUAUGAAUCUUAGAAUCAUUUAUACCUUAUCCAUAUUGUGAACUUUGUUUAUAAGUUGUUGAAGUUGCCUAAUUCA